AAGCAAUGGAGCUGCUCUCAGCAUCAGUUGGCAACUUUUCAGUUGAUCUUUUCAACAAGUUGAAUGAGAUCAAUAAAGGCAAAAACAUUUUCUUUUCUCCUUGGAGCAUCACAACUGCUUUGGCCAUGACGUACCUGGGUGCAAAAGGUAACACAGCAAAAGAGAUGGCAGAGGUUCUCCAUUUCCCUCAAGCUGCAGGAGAUGAAGGUUCUUCUUCUGUGGCCAGACCUUCUCGGGGAAGACCAAAGAGAAGAAAAAUGGAUCCUGAGCACAAGGAAGCUGAUGACAUCCAUUCUGGCUUCAAAGAGCUCCUGACUGCCUUCAACAAACCCAGAAAUACCUACUCACUAAAAAGUGCCAACCGAAUCUAUGUGGAAAAAACCUAUCCAUUACUGCCUAAGUACUUACAGCUCAGUAAGACCUACUACAAUGCAGAGCCACAGAGGGUUAACUUUAGGGCAGCAGUGGAACAAGCCAGAAAAGAAAUAAAUACCUGGGUUGAAAAACAAACUGAGGGCAAAAUCAAGAAUUUGGUGAAUUCACAAAAUGUGACAAACUUGACCACGUUGGUCCUGAUAAACGCUAUUUACUUCAAGGCAGACUGGGAAGUGAAAUUUCUGGCAAGAAACACAAACUUGCAACCUUUCCGACUUAGCAAGAACAAGACCAAACCUGUGAAGAUGAUGUACAUGAGACAUGCGUUUCCCGUUCUUAUCAUGGAAACAAUGAAUUUCAAAAUGAUUGAGUUGCCAUAUGUGAAACAUGAACUCAGUAUGUUCAUCCUCCUUCCUGAUGACAUCAAAGACAACACUACAGGCCUUGAACAGCUGGAAAGAGAAUUGACAUAUGAGAAGCUGUCUGAAUGGGCUGAUUCCAAGAAGAUGAAAGAAACUACUGUUGAUCUGUACCUGCCUAAGUUUACAGUGGAGGAGAAAUAUGACCUCAAAGAUAUUUUGACCAAGAUGGGAAUGAUCAGUGCCUUCAGCCCUAACGCUGACUUCAGUGGAAUCAAUGCAAAAGGUGGUUUGAUGAUAUCCCAAGUUGUGCAUAAGUCUUUUGUUGCCGUUGAUGAGAAAGGUACUGAGGCAGCAGCUGCUACAGCUGUAUCUGUAGACCUAACAAGUAUGGGUAUUGACGUGGAGGUCCUGCAAUUUAAGGCUGACCACCCUUUUCACUUCUUUAUCAGAUACAACAAAUCCAAGACAAUCCUAUUUUCUGGCAGAUUCUGCUCCCCAUAG